AUGUACACCAUUCUGUCCCGUCGAUUUUUGAGCUCCGAAGAAGAUUUGAGACAAUCUGGCUAUCCGUAUUUCCAGAUGAAUUAUUUUUCUGGCGAGCCUGCUGGAAAAGUGACGAUUCGUCAAACCGAGUUCGAGGAAGACGAGCCGAUUUGGAUUGCGAAUGGAGCGAGAAUGCGAUUGUGUUGCCGGUGCAAAAAUGAUUUCGAGUUGGAUGAGAAUGGCGAAGAUGUUUGUCUUUUUCAUUUGAAAAAAGCGAAAUUUGAUCGAGGUAGGGGAAAAUGUUUUUUAUUGGCGCGGGAAAAAUUUGAAUUAAAAAAAAAUGAAAAUAAAAUUUCCAAAAUUUUAUACGUUUCAAAAAAUUGACAAAAUCUUUCUCAUAAAUUUCGAGAUGUUUUGAGUUGAAUGCCCAAUAACUCUGAUAGGAUUACUGUAAAUACUGUAAUUUCAAAGGUACAGGAAAGAUUCAGUAUCCUAGGAGACUACUGUAGACCUAAAACUAGCUCUAGGAUUACUGUAGUCUUAAAGGGACAUUAUUAAAAUUAUGGACAUUUUGAGGCAUCAUGUUCCUUUAAAACUACAGUAAUCUGGGGCUAUGUGAAUAUUUCAAAAUUCAAGAACCUUUAAAACUACAGUAAUCCUAGGCUCUUUUUACACUGAAAAUCUUGAAAUUCCUAGAACUCAUAGAACUACAGUAAUCCGUGAUCUACUGAAUUUCAAAAAAUAUGAAUCUGAUGUCCCUUUAAAGCUACAGUAACCCUGGGAUUACUCAUAUCCAGAAAAUGCCGCUUUUCUUUGAUCUACAGUACCCCUAAGUCUUUCAAAUUUCCAGAAUCCGGUCAAAAAAAUCCACGAAUGUUGUCAGAAAAUCAGCGGCAGAUCGCUCGGCUGCCAACUCAACAACUUCCACGUUUUCAACCAACUUCAAGUCUCAGAACUCCAAAAAUUUGUGUCAACUCCAAGAUCCCUGGGACCUGUGGAUCCUCGAAAUCGAAAUGUUUUUGGAAUUGACUGUGAGAUGGUCUACACAAGAAAUGGCCCAGCGGUUGCCAGGGUUUCUCUAGUGGAUUUUGCUGAAAAUGUGGUUCUGGAUAUUUUUGUGAAGCCUGAAGCGCUGAUUUUGGAUCCGAAUACGGAAUUCAGCGGAUUGACUGUGGAAAUGAUUGAGGAAAAAGCGAGGGAUAAUUUGGAAACGGUGAGAUUUAUUUUUUAUGGGAAAAAAACUGGGAUUCAAAAAAUUUUUGAAAAUUUUUUUCUACAAAAAUGAAAUACUAUGUUUUUUAACAUCGAAAUAUCAAUUCACAAAAAGUCAAAAAAUGUCGAAAAAACAUUGUAGGUCAAAAUUAGUUUUUCGAGUUUUUUCAGCCAAAAAUGAUGACAAAUCGAGAUUUUUCAAGCUUCUGGAGUAAUUUCUGAUUAAAAUUGACCUUGGAAUUCACUUUCCAGAAGGUUUUGCUGAUUUUUCGUAAAAUAAAAAAAUUUAAAUUUUGAUGAAUUUCAAAAAAAAGCAAAAUAGGGUUCUCGAAGCUUAUUUUAAUCAAAAAUUACACCAGAAGCUUGAAAAAUAUUGAUUUGUCAUCAUUUUUGGCUGAAAAACUCGAAAAACUAAUUUUGACCUACAAUGUUUUUUCGACAUUUUUUGACUUUUCGUGAAUUGAUCUUUCGAUGUUAGAAAAAACAUUUUUUCGUUCGUGAAUCAAGCCCUAAUGAAACCUACAUUUCAGUGCCGCCAAAAACUGUUCCGCCACAUCAAUUCAAGAUCAAUUUUAAUCGGACAUUCCCUGGAGGCCGAUCUCAAAGCUCUCCGAAUUGCCCAUCUGACAGUAAUCGACACCGCGCUACUUUUUGGUGGGAGAAUGAAACCAUCACUGAAAAAACUUGCGCGGAAACAUUUGCGGAAAUCGAUUCAACAAUUUAAUCCCGAAAAUUUGGGACAUGAUUCGGUGGAGGAUGCGAGGACUUGUGUGCAACUUGUCAAGUUUUAUUUGCAGAAUUAUUUUUGAGAAUUUUUAUUGAAUGUUUUGUUAUUUCCUGCUCAUUUAUCUAUUUUUUAACAAUUUUUUGGAACUAUUUUUUGCAAAACUUGUAAGUUCCUGUAUCUCAAAGUAAUUUCCUACCUUUAUCUAUUUUUGGACACUUUUCUAAUUAAAUUAUUUUUUUACCUCACUUUCCUCAGACAUUUUUUUGUACUUUUCUGUCUUUUUGUAUCCCCCUUUUUUAUUUAUAAAUAUUAUUUUCUAGAAAAUUUUUUUUAAAAUAAUUUUUUAAUUUAUCAAAAAAUCAAUAUUCAAAAAAAUGGUUUAGCUUAACAAAAACUUUUUGAUCCUGAAGUUCUCUUUGAGCUCAAAAAAAUCUUCACUAAUUAACUAGCUCCCAGGGGACUUUUGCUAACUCACCUCCUAUUUUUUCAGACAAUUAUUUUCAGAUCCCAAUAUGAUCUUCAUAAGUCUAGCCCAUUCCUACAUCCCAAAAAUCCUAUGCAUUCUCUCCACAAUCAUCAACACAUUUUUCAUCACCCUGGUUCACCGAAAAUCUUCAAUUUCCAUCGGAAAAUACAAAUAUCUUCUCAUCACCUUCUCAAUUUUCAAUAUCAUCACAAGUCUUCUCGAAUUAAUCGCUCCAAUUUCAACAGAAAGUUUUCAAAUCAGCCUAAUUGUCUUCGUCGCGGAUAGUUUGAUCUACGAAUAUCAUCGAGAUCUCACACAAUUUCUAAUUUCUCUAAGAUGUUCCAUGGUUUGCUAUACUUUUGGACUGAUUUCCAUUCAUUUUUUAUAUCGAUAUUUUGCAAUUUGUAAAAAUUAUUGGUUAAAUUUGUUUUUCAAACCAAAAUAUAUUUUGAUCAUGUGGUUAUUGGUUUCAAUUUACGGGUCUUCGUAUCUGAUUUUAAUUGCGAAAUAUAUGUGGCCAGAUGACGUCACCAGACAGAAAUUGAACCUGGAUUUUAUUGAGAAGUAUAAUGAGAGCACUGGAAAUAUACCAUUUAUUAUUGCAAGUUAUGGGGUAAGUUUGGGACUUAAAAAAAAUGUUUAAAAAUGUUUUUUUAACAUCGAAAGAUCAAUUCACGAAAAGUCAAAAAAUGUCGAAAAAACAUUGUAGGUCAAAUUUAGUUUUUCGAGUUUUUCAGCCAAAAAUGAUGACAAAUCAAUAUUUUUUAAGCUUCCACAGGCAUAAAUUCUUGACUUUUUAAUUCAGAAAUGCCUGUCGCAGAAAAAAAUUUCUCGCGUGAAUCGGGAGGCGGGAUUUAUUUGGAAAGGUGCGGCACGUUUUUUUUUCAAGCAAAAAUUAUUUCUGAUUUUUUGCAUUUCGAAAUUUAGUGAAGAAAAAAAAUGAAAUCGAAAAAAUUAUUUAAAAAACGUGAAACGUGUAAUCGUGGCAGGGGGCGGAGCCAGCAGGAAAAAAAGUCAGAAAUUUAUGCCUGUGGCUUCUGGAGUAAUUUCUGAUUAAAAUAAGAUUCGAGAACCCUAUUUUGCUUUUUUUCGAAAUUCAUCAAAAUUUAAAUUUUUUCAUUUUCCGAAAAAUCAGCAAAACCUUCUGGAAAGUGAAUUCCAAGGUCAAUUUUCUUCAGAAAUUACUCCAGAAGCUUGAAAAAUAUCGAUUUGUCAUCAUUUUUGGCUGAAAAACAUCUUGUGUUUUCAGCAACCUGAAAUUGACCCAAGUGGUAUAAUCGCAAUGGGAUCCGCAACAAUUAUCUCCAUAAUUUCCCUCACCUUCGAUGCAGUUUUGGCCACCAAAAUCCACUUUGCUAUCAAAAAUAAGGUCUUGAGUAAUCAUGUCAAACGUGUACAUCGAAAUUUGUUGAAAACAUUGAUCGCUCAGACUGUAAUUCCCUCAUUUCUCACAUUUAUUCCAUGUUUUAUUUGCUGGUUUUUCCCGCUUCUCAAAUUAGAUCAAAGUUAUUAUAUAAAUUCGAUAUUUGUGCCAAUGAUCAGUGCUUAUCCAGUUAUUGAUCCAAUUGUUAUCAUUUUUGCAUUGAAUGAUUAUAGAAGAGUUUUGUGUAAAAAGUUUGCAGUAAAAACUCCAAUUUAUUUUUAUAAUAAUACUUCAUCGGUCUUGCAAACUACAAGAUUUUAA